AUUUGAACUACACAGGCCUCAUGAGAAAAAGCUAUCCUCUAUAGGUAUAGUGUGUCAAGGUAGUGUGUAUUAUUCUUGGCUUGUUCGAGGGUUCGAUGCGCGCGGUGUCAAACCUACGCACGUUUUCAGCCGGGUCUCAUGCAUCCGUUUUCCGAUGUUUUAUGUCCGAAAAACCUAUUCUGGCAUAUUUUCAUACGAUUAUGACAGACUAGAAGGUUUUUCGGACAUAAAACGUCGGAAAACGGAUGCAUGAGACUCCGGCUUUCAGCUGGAAAGCGGCUUAGAUCUGCUCGGAGCAGAUCUAGCAGGUACAGACGAAAACCAUAAAAUAUGACAUCAAUCAUCAUAUUCAAAUUGGCAUUUUAAUUUAUGUAAACAAACAUAUCCAAAAAAUAAUACUAAUAGUCCAAAUUCCAAUUACAAAUUUUUAAUUUAUAAUAUUUCCAGACCAGACGAUAUUUUCUUUCACAUAUACAAUGAUACAUCCCAUAGCAUAUUGUAUUCUACCAACAAUACUACUUCUUGUUGCUGUACGAAAAUAUCGCGAAAGUAAGUGGGGAAAAUGCAAAAACAAAGUGAAACUCGACGGAAAAAUAGCUCUGGUCACCGGCGCCAAUUCGGGAAUUGGAUUUGAAAUUGCCAAGGAAUUAGCGGCGAGGAAUGCACAAGUGAUUUUGGCUUGCAGGAGCUUGAAGAAGGCACAAUCUUCGGCAGACAAAAUCAAGAAAUUGCUAUUUAAUAAUCCUACUCUGGUUCCUAUGGAAUUGGAUUUAGCCUCUCUGAAAUCAGUAAAACUCUUUUCGGAAAUGGUGAAAGAGAAAUUCUCAGAAAUUCACAUUCUAAUUAACAAUGCUGGAGUCGCCUAUCCAAAAUCCCAAAGACUACAAACCGCAGAUGGAUUCGAAAUGCAUUUUGGCACCAAUCAUUUGGGGCACUUUUAUUUGACCAAUUUAUUGGAGAGUUUGGUUGCAAAUGGAAAAGGUAGAGUAGUUGUGGUUGCAUCCUCACUACACGAAAAAGGAAAAUUAGACAUAAAGGCCAUACAAAGCUUGGAGUUUGAGGACAGAGAAAAUUUAUAUGCUAAUUCCAAAUUGGCUAAUGUGUAUUUUGCACAAGAGUUUGCUAAACGAUCUAAAGAUAAAGGCAUAAAAGUGUAUGCAAUUUGUCCAGGUUGGGUUUAUACCAGUUUGUUUAGGUACUCAUUUAAAUGGUAUCAUUUGAUAAUGGUUGCCCCAGUAGCAUUUUUCUUUAUGAGAAGUGCGAAACAGGGCUCACAAACCGCAAUAUAUUGUGCUACAGAACCAUCACUUGAAAAUGAAACAGGGUUUCUUUAUAGGGACUGUAAAAAGUAUAAUAGCAAAGCCAUAUUUUAUGAUAAACUGGCAACAGAAUUAUGGGAUGAGUCCCAAAAUAUGGUCAAUGCUAUAAUGAAGUGAAACUAGUUUAUGUUAAUAAUAAUUAUUACUCAUAGUUUUAGAUGUAUUGUCAAUACUUUUUCUUGAAAUUUUUUGUAUUGCAUAAAAUUUAAGCUCUUUGCAUCAAUAGCUUUAAUUUAUCAUUCACUUCUAAUGUGAUUUUUGAUCAUUAUCUCUAAUAAUUUUGAUUUAUCAGCAAGAUAGAUGUACAAAUUAAAAUCAGCUCAUAUCAUUUAGUUUUAAUUUGUAAAAAUGAUUGUGGAAAAUAAAGUACCCAAUGAUGUUUUGUGAAGAUGGAUUAUUACAAUAAUUAUUA